AUGAGGAUUCCGUCGAAUAUCACCUGGUUCGACGAGAAUGACUACAUUGGUCUAGAACUUCUUUUUCCUGCGGGGUCCACCUGGAAGCUCGAGAGAAAGUUCAAAGAGAGUGAAGACCUGUACAGCCAGCAAGAGUAUGAUGAUUAUGAGCUCAUAUUACAGUCUCGAGCCGCAUUUAUCUGUUCCAAGAUUGCAGGAAAUGGUCCAUCAACAGCAGUGAUAAAAGUCCACAUGCAAGCACCUUGGUGGGGAACUGCCGGCAACACACCAUCAAUCAGGGCUGAACAGGCCAUUUCAGAAACUCCCUUCAGAGACAAAAGCAAGAUUGAAGCAUUAUCCAUCCUGACCGAAGCAGGAUGCACCAGCACGCUGUUCCUGAUCGACUCAAUACAGCAAGAACAGACCAAUGAUAAGGGCUUUAUAUACUUUAUUGUAAUGGAGAUGCUGCCAGGUGUGAGCAUGUCUUUAAUUUUUCACCUCAUUGACCAGGAAGAGCGCAACGUUCUGAGGGAGGCUUUUAAGAAAUCCUGGCAGUAA